AUGUGUGAUUUGCAAGCUCUUAUAGAAAUUCAAAGGAAUUUAUUGAGCACGGUAAAACGUCUUAAUGAAAGAUUUUUGUCAAAGGACAGCUCGGAAAAGACACGUGGUUAUAUUGAUGCUCUUACUUCAGAGCUUGAAUGUUUAUUUCAGACGUUUAAAUGUCAACACGACGAAAUUUCAAGAGUCAUUCGAGAAACUUCCUUAAACCCUUCUGAUGUGCCAUAUAUGGCCGAUGAGAGCUUCUUUGAGUUUUCGGAAAUUUACUUUUCAUUUAAGGGCAGACUGCUAGAUAGUUUACCGACUGAUACAACACGUUCUCCAUUAAGUAGCACCUUUGCUAUGCCAACUGGGCAUGCAGAUAUGAGCGCAACUAUGGAUGCAAGACUUCCUAAGAUUUCCCUUCCAAAAUUUUCUGGUGAAUACAUUGAUUGGAUACCCUUUCGUGAUAUUUACUUAUCAUUAGUGCAUACAAACGCAUCUCUUUCUAAGAUUCAAAAAUUUUAUUAUCUAAAAGGAACUCUUACUGGAGAGGCAGCUUCUCUUAUUAAGACCAUUUCCGCCACAGAAGCUAACUACACUUCUGCUUGGAAUAUUUUAGAGACAAGAUAUCACAAUAAACGUGCGAUAGUGGGUACCCUAAUUCAAAAACUUUUUAAUAUUCCAAAAUCUGAUGGCAGUUUUCAAAGCAUUAAAUCCUUAUUGGAUACUACCCAAGAAUGCAUUUCCUCUUUGAGGAAUCUGGACAUUGAUACUACUACUUGGGAUCCAUUAUUAAUAUAUUUAAUUUGUCAAAAACUUGACCUUCAGACAAGAAGAGAAUGGGAACAUUCAUUGAAAUCAUCAACAGAAGUUCCAAACCGCUCAGAAAUGUUUUCUUUCUUAGAAAGAACCUUUAGAUCAUUGGAAUCAUUGAAUGAAUUGGCACCUGCCAACAGUAAAAUUUCUCAGGGAAACAAUUCUAGGAAUAAGAAGCAGUCAUAUGUUCAUAACGGCAAUAUUUCAAAAUCAAAGUCGAUUUCAUGCUUGUUUUGUGGAAAGGCUCAUUACCUUUCACAAUGUUACAAAUUUCUAGCUUUGCCUUGGAAAUCCAAGAAUGACUUCUUAGCUAAUAGAAACAUUUGCAGAAAUUGUUUAUCUGCCAGUCAUACUCAAGACAAAUGCAAUAGCUCGAAUAGGUGUGGAACUUGUAAACAGCCUCACCAUACGGUAUUACAUGUUGACGAGUCUGUAUCAGCUCAGAAUUCUAAUAUAAUUCCAUCAUCAACACUUAACUCCAACCAUUUGGCAAAUGAGCCAGUAGCUACUCAUAGCUCUCAGUCACCUGUUAAUGUUUUGUUAUAUACAAUACGCCUUUUCGUCAAUUCUAACGCUGGUCAUUUACCAUUAAGAGCUCUUUUGGAUCCUGGUUCUCAGGGAACUUUAAUUUCUGAAUCUGCUGUGCAGAUUUUGCGUUUACCUAAACGGAGGUCACAUUGUAAGGUGAUUGGUGUGGGAACUGAAUGUGAGAGUAUGUCGAAACACUCUGUUUAUCUUGAGUUAAUGUCGCGUUAUAAACGACUUGUGCUAUCUUGCACCGCCUUAGUUCUAUCAAAUAUUUCUUCAUACAAACCGAAUCUAUCUUCGAAGGAAAUAAAUUUACCUAACUUGAAUAAUGAGGACUUGGCUGAUCCGUUCUUUUUUCAGAACGAUCCAAUUGACAUUAUUCUAGGCUCUGACGUUUGUUCAAAAAUUAAGAUUCCUACUGAAUCAUUUGUUCAUAAUGAUUUGUUUUUUCAAAAUACGUAUUUCGGAUGGGUUUUUUCGGGCUCAUCCAAAUCAAUGACAUCGAACCAGAUUACUUAUCAUAAUGUUAAUUUGGAGAAUCUCUUAAGGGCCUUUUGGGAGCAAGAGGAGAUUAUUUCUGGCCGAGAUUUAUCUAAUGAAGAAUUGGCUUGUGAGAAUUAUUUUAAAGCUACAGUUAAGCGUAAUUCAUCUGGUCGCUAUGUGGUGAAUCUACCAUUUAGAUCAUUAUUACUGACUGGCGAUUUACCCAAAAUUCAUAACAAUAUGAUCGGUGCUUUGAAACGAUUUCAACAGCUUGAAACUUCCUUUUCUAAGCGUUCAGCAUUCGCCGAAAAUUAUAAAAAUUUCAUGCGUGAAUAUGAGUCUUUAGGUCAUAUGACUAAAAUUGGAACAUAUCCUGGUAGUGUUGAGGAAAAUUGCUAUUUCUUGCCACAUCAUGGAGUUUUUAAAGAAGAAAGCACUACCACAAAAUUAAGGGUAGUUUUUGAUGGCAGUAGCCACAUUGAAGGAAGAAAGUCUUUGAAUGAGGAACUUUCUCCAGGCCCUCCAUUACAGAACGAUCUACCAACAAUUUUGAACAAAUGGAGAAAACAUAGAAUUGCGUUCAGCGCAGAUAUCGAAAAAAUGUUUAGGCAAGUCGAAGUUACUCCUGAACAUCGCAAAUUUCAGCGAAUUUUGUGGCGCUUUAGUCCUCUAGAGGAAAUUUCUGUUUAUCAAUUGAAUACGGUGACUUAUGGCACGACAUCAGCACCUUACCUUUCCAUUCGUGUUUUGCAACAGCUUGCUUUAGAUUAUAAAACGGAUUUUCCAUAUGAAUCAAAACUAUUGAUUUCCGACUCAUAUGUUGACGACAUUAUUUCUGGCGCUAAUUCUUUGGAAAGAGCAAUUACUCUGCAAAGGAAUUUAUGUACUUUGUUGGGAAAAGGUAGAUGUAAUCUAAGAAAGUGGAUUACAAACUCGGUGGAAUUAUUAGGUGAAAUACCCGAGGAACACAGAGAGAAAUCGUUAACAUUGAAAUUCGACCGUGAUAAUGUUGUCAAGACACUCGGUAUUCAGUGGAAUACAACCACCGAUUCUUUUUCUUUCAAAGUUAAUAUUGAUCAAACCCGUCCCGUUUCAAAGAGAACUAUUUUAUCUGAGACUGCUAGUUUAUAUGACCCAUUGGGUUGGUUGACACCUAGUACUGUUAUUGCGAAGUCAUUAUUUAAGGAACUAUGGGAGAAGGGUAUAGAUUGGGAUGAUAAAAUUCCUCAUGCAAUUGAACAGAAAUGGCUACAAUAUAAAUCCACUCUUGCUAGAUUUACUGAUCUCAGAAUUCCACGAUGGAUACAUUACUGUACUGGGUCUCAAGUUGAACUUCACUGUUUUUGUGAUGCUUCGACAGUGGCUUACGCUGCUGCUGUUUAUGCCAGGGUAAUUACUUCUAAAGGCAUUUUUGUUAAUCUUUUACAAGCAAAGUCUAAAAUAUCUCCGAUAAAGACGGUCUCAAUACCGAGACUUGAACUCUGUGCUGCCACUCUAUUGGUAAAAUUGACCGCAAAAGUCAAAGCUUCAUUUUUGGAUGUGGCAAUCCAGGAAAUUUUCUUUUGGAGUGAUAGCUCCACAGUUUUAAGUUGGAUUAGAAAACCACCAUCAAAUUGGACUGUUUACGUGGCCAAUCGAGUUGCCGAGAUCCAACGUCUUAGUAAUCCUUUACAAUGGAAAUAUGUUCCAUCUGCUUUAAAUCCUGUCGAUUGUGCAUCCAGGGGAAUUUUUCCUCAUGACCUAAUGGAAUUUAGUCGAGUGAAUAAAAAUCUGAAGGAAACUGAUUCUUUAAACGUGGCUACUAUAAAUAAUACUUUAAAAGGGUUACUUAAGAUUACUCAAGCCAUCGAUUUUCCGGAGAAUACUAGGAAACAGAUUUUAAAUGGUGAUGCUAAACGUAACUCACUUUUGAAACUAAUGCCUUUCAUUGGUAAUGAUGACUUUAUUCGUGUAGGUGGUCGUUUGCGUAAUUCUACCUUACCAUAUGAUGUUAAACAUCCAAUACUUUUGUCUAAAAUGAAUCCCCUUUCCAGUCUCAUAAUAAGAGAAGCACAUGAAAACACUUUACAUGGCGGCAUUACUUUGACCAUGUCUUACGUGAACAGAAAAUAUUGGAUAGUAUCUGGCAAUCGAUUGGCUAAGAAAAUUAUAGGUAGUUGUAUACGUUGCUUUAAAUAUUCUGCUAAAUCUGCUACUCAGAUUAUGGGAAAUCUACCUCCGGUGCGUCUAAACGUCACCAGGCCGUUUAAGCAUAGUGGCGUUGAUUACGCUGGUCCAAUUUCCGUAAAAAACUCAACUUUCCGAUCUGCUAUUAUAUCUAAAGGAUAUAUUUGCCUUUUUGUGUGUAUGGUAACUAAAGCCAUUCAUUUGGAGGCAGUUUCCGACAUGACAACAAAUGCUUUUUUAGCAGCUUUUCGCAGAUUUGUAUCCCGCAGAGGUGUUUGUACGGACAUUUACUCAGAUUGCGGUACGAAUUUUAUAGGUGCAUCGAAAGAGCUUCAGGUCCUGUUUCACCGGAAUAGAAAAUCCAUUCCUGAAGACUUGCGUAAUUCUUUAGUAUCAUUGGGAACGGAAUGGCAUUUUAUUCCACCUGCCUCACCAAAUUUUGGAGGUCUAUGGGAGGCGGGUGUGAAAUCUGUAAAACACCAUUUAAAACGAGUUAUGCAUGACAAAAUUCUAAGCUUUGAAGAGCUUACAACACUACUUUGCCAGAUAGAAAGUUGUCUGAACUCGCGACCGCUGUGCCCGUUGUCAUCUGAUCCAUCUGAUAUGGAUGCCUUGACGCCAGCCCAUUUCAUAAUAGGAGAGCCAACCAAUUGCAUACCGGAAGAAAAUCUCCUUGAUAUGAAUAUAAAUCGUCUAUCACGAUGGAAGACAAUCCAAAAUCUUAAACAACAUUUUUGGAAACGUUGGUAUUUGGAAUAUCUAAAUCGCAUGCAAGCUCGUCCCAGAUGGCUUAAAUCCACACCAGAUGCCAAAAAAGGUGAUCUUGUUCUAAUUUCUGAUGACAGAUGUGGUCCUGGCCAAUGGCUGAUGGGUCGAAUAUAUUCAAUACAAGAGGUAUCUACACUGCAAUAUGAACCUGUAUCAUCUGCUAAACGGACGGAGCCUGAUCCUGACGCUGUGAGUCGGAGCAUAGCGAAGUCCACUGACUAA